CGAGCGGAGCGGAUUCUCAUUUAGUAUGGAAGAAGAUGAGUUCUUUGGAGAAAAAACAUUCCAGCAUUAUUGUGCAGAAUUCAUUAAACAUUCACAGAAGAUAGGUGAUGGUUGGGAAUGGAGAGCUUCAAAGGACUGUUCUGAUGGCUACAUGUGCAAAACACAUUUUCAAGUUAAAAAUGGAACUGCAAUGUCACAUCAAGGAACAUCUGCCCAUGUACAGACAUUUCUUCCUGUGGAGGAGGCUGUAGAUCCCCCCCUGGAUGAUUUUGAGGUAACUGAGACCACCACGGCAGCCGAAGUGAUUAAAUAUGAGUAUCAUGUCUUAUAUUCCUGCAGCUACCAAGUGCCUGUGCUUUACUUUAGGGCAAGCUUUUUAGAUGGAAGACCUUUAGCUCUGAAGGACAUCUGGGAAGGAGUUCAUGAGUGCUAUAAGAUGAGAUUGCUGCAGGGACCAUGGGACACUAUUACUCAACAGGAGCAUCCGAUACUUGGACAACCCUUUUUUGUACUUCAUCCCUGCAAGACGAGUGAAUUCAUGACUCCUGUGUUAAAGAAUUCUCAAAAAAUCAAUAGGAAUGUCAACUACAUCACGUCGUGGCUGAGCAUGGUAGGGCCAGCUGUCGGGCUGAAUCUUCCUCUGAGUUACGCCACAGCAGCCUCUCAAGAGGAAGGCAAUGUCAGUGGACAAGAUUCUUCUAUUGAGCGAAAAAGCUUAGAACACUGAGAGUUUAUGUGGCCGGCCCUGGUUUUAAUGGGGCCAGUAUGGUAUGAGAUUUCAGCUCACCGAGAUUCUGACGUGGAUUUUUUUCCCCUUGGAGGUAAAUGUCUGCAGCAACUGAUAUGCUCUACGUUUAGAAGAAACACGGCAAAGACACAAAUUACUAAAAAUAGCAAAAAAGAGCUCUAGCCUGGUAACAGAAACGAUGACAUCAUCAGGGCACUUCCAGGUUCUUCUCUCAUGUCUCUGAGGCUCGUUCUCUUGAUCUUUGAUUUGAGAAUAACAAGAUACCUCACAAGGUCGCUGUGAGAAACACAUGAGAGCCUCAGUGUGUGAGAAAGUAUGGG